AUGAGUUAAUAGGAAACAUAAUAAAUGUUAACAAACGAAAACUAAUCAAAUCUGUAAAAUAGACCUUAAUCUGCUAAAAACACAUCAUAACCUACAGAAUAAAAUAAAUUGAGGCCUCAAACAGCCAAGCCGGAAUAGAUUAAUCAAAAUAUUUUUUCGACAACUCUAUAAAAAAAAGAAAUCUCUAAGGAUAAAUCUCACCCCUUCUUCUAAUAAACCAGAGUUAAUGAUUGUGCAUGCGUCAAAGUGGAAAAUGGAGUUCCGAAGGCUGUUCCAUUUUUCUAAAAGCCGCAAAAAACAUACGCAGAAUAGAUGGUUAAAUUGGGAGUUAAAGAGAGUUUAUCUUAGUAAUCAGUUUUUAAAUUUUUAGAGAACAAUAUAAAUUAUAAUCACCUGUUUUUGCCACUAGUAAGAGCAAACCAUUAUGCAGAUACAAUCCAAAUGCUUAAAGAAAUAUUUUAUAAUCUCCAAGUUACAAAACUCCAAAAUCAAAUGCAUCAUCAAUACAAUUUGGAACCGAAAAGAUAUAAUACAAAACAAGUAGCACUUAUGGAAAUCAUGCAAAUGUAGGAUUUACAACCAAUCCUUUAGUUUUGGCAUAAAAAACAAAAGAUCUUUAGAAAAAUAUUUAAAAGUGA